AUCGUGUUAUUUUUGUCAAAAUUAGGUUAAACAAAUUAAUUUAACCGAAAAAAUAAUGAAUCAAAUUUUGAACCAGUUUAAAUUAAUAUUAUUUUUAAUAAAAAAUGACUACAAUACUCUUAUUAUAGAAAAUAACUAAAAUACUCCUAUUAAUUUUGAAAACUCUAAAUUCUAACCCUAUAAUGGAGUAAAAGACUAGAAUUUAGAAUUUUCAAAAUUUAUAUAUAUAAUAAGAAUAUUUUAGUCAUUUUUUAUAAUAAGGGUAUUGUAAUAAUUUUUUAUAAAAAUUAAUAUUAAUUUAGACUCAUUCAAGAUUUGAUUCACUAUUUUUUUGAUCAAAUUAAUUUGUUUAUCCUAAUUUUGACAAAAAUAAUAUAAUUUAAUCAUUUAUAUAUAUUAAAUUUUAGUUACUAAAAAAUAUCUUUAGACGUCUUUAUCUGAACUCCCUAAUAAAUUUUCUCGGUUCUCUAGAUUUAAAAUCUAAAAAUAGAAAAAAGAAUUCUGACCUUCUAAAUCAUAAGAUCUCAGCCUUUGUCACCGACACGUAUGAGUUAUGUGCACCCACUCCAUUGUGCCGUACAGCUUCUUAGAUCGAUCAUAUCUUUUUUUAAUGACUGAUAAUUGAAAAUAGCGAUGGAUACGAGAAGCAAUAAAAGCGAAGACAACUACAGAAAACAAAUCGUAGAAGUACAAAAUAGAAGGCAAUCGUAUUCGUAUCGUAGUCGUAGUUUUAGGGUUCUUCACCAGAGUCUUCUCCAUCACAUUGUGGAGCCGACUAUGGAAAACUUCACCUUGUCUUCGUCUUCUUCUUCAUCUUCAACUUCUCCUCCUUCAUCAUCGCACAUUGCAGGUGCAGCUUUCGACGACUAUUCCGAGGACUUCUGCAGCAUUUGUUUGGAGCCAUUUGGCAUCAAUGACCCAUCUACUAUCACCUCUUGCAAACACGAAUAUCAUCUGCACUGUAUUCUUGAAUGGUCAGAGAGAAGCAGAGAAUGUCCAAUAUGUUUGCAGCUGCUUUCUUUCAUUGAUCCUUCUAGCCAAGAGCUUCUAGCUGCAGUGGAGGCUGAAAAAUGUUCAAGGUCAAGAAACAUAUAUCCAUCUUCAUUAACUAGUUCCCAUAUACCCCAUGAGCAGCUCAAUUAUGACUAUGGUGAUUCUUACUCAGAUGAGUCUGAUAUUGAUGAUCAAAUUAUGCAACACCUAGUUGCUGCUUCCAGCAGAUCUCGUUUCCUCCAUAGACGGGAAAGGCAAAGAUCUUCUAGUGCAGUUCCAUCAGAGGUGUUUGUUUCCAAUCCUCCUGUGCAUGUGUCUGCUGUGCGACCAACACUCACCAUUUCACCCACCGGAAGUAGUUCACCAACUUCUGGUGUACCGUCUACUGUUCACAUUCAACCUCCAACAUCUGCUUUUCCCCCAGUUGUUGGUGAAGUUGCAGGAAUUACUACUGCUGAGAAUGAUGUUCCUUUCAAACCCAGAGUUCUGUAUACCCAGUCACCAUCCGAAAGUGGAAGGAGACUAAAUACCCCUGAGAUGUUCUCUAUCCCUGAGUCCUUCAGAUCCAAAUUUUCUGCUGCUUCAGCCAGGUAUAAGGAAUCAAUAACCAAAAGUACUCGUGGCCUUAAAGAGAAGUUAAUUGCUCAUAAUGCCUCAGUAAAAGAGCUGAGUAAAGGUGUUCAGCGUGAGAUGAAUGCAGGAAUUGCUGGUGUUGCACGGAUGAUUGAACGCCUUGAUCUUUCCUCAAAGCGAUCUAAUUUUCCUCCCACUCCUGUUGGCACUGGGGGAAGUUCGGGAUCCCCUGUAAAAGGAAAGUCAGUCGAUGAGAAUGACAUUGACACUGGGCGUUCUCCUAGCAUAUACACUGAAAAUGUGGUUCAGAAUGUUAGCUCAGAUGCUCCUUCAGUACCUGGCAUGGUUGUUGGUCGAGUGGUUGCUGGUCGGGUGGAAAUUCAUCAUUGUGUUCAGAGUGGAAAAGAUGCUGCUGUGAGGACAUAGCAACCUGAUUCACUUGUCCAAUGGAGAGUGCAAGAGACGUGUUUGAUGCCAAUUUACCUUUUGGUCUGCGUCCUGCAUUGUUAUCAAAAAUCAAUGUUCUAGUGACUCAAGAAACUUUGCAAAAAUUGUAUGUUAUGUAAGAUCAGUUUAUAGAUCCAGCGGAAGAUUGUAACAUGAAUUCAUUGAAUUGACCCUUUUGGUACUUGGGUUUAUUUCAGUGAAAUAAUUUGGCGGUUCUCUAAUCUGCAGAUUAUUCCUAUUCUCACUGGACAAAGCCCUUGCACAUUAUGUGCUACCCAUCACAUGAUAUGUUCUGUUUCUGUUGCAAAUGAGCUUAGACUUUCGAUUUAUUUCUCCCUACUUGGUAAAAACAAGGUUUUGUUGUUGUUUUUGUACUAAA